AUGACCUUCCAAGAGCCUUCAAGAGACGUUAGAGGUUGGAAGGAGCUUCCCGACCCCACCACAAACCCACUCGGCCAUUUUGACGACACGAGGACCACCAACGAGCGCGGCCGUCUCUACCGUUGGGCCUGCUCGAUCUUAUGUCAAGGCUCGCUUGAGAUGGCAUCAGGCUGGUUCGGCGGCCGAUCGAUUGAGCUCAUCAAGGCGCGGUCGCUGCUGGUCAAAGUGCUACCCACACCGGCUACUCUGUCGGAGCGUCGAGCCGUUUUGCACGCCCUGCAACGUCAUGGCCCAAUCGAGGUUUUCAAGAGGCUCACUGAACAUAAUACCUUCGUCUGCGCCCCCACCAGGACAGACGUCGCCAACGAGCUCAUCAAGGCCAGCCCGCUCAGAUUCCGAUUCGUCUCGGAACCCCUACAGUCCAUUCGUGCCAAGUCUGCGCCGGGCGCCGAACCCGUCGAUAUUGCGGCGCCGAUCGAGAUCCACGAGUCCGAGCAUGGCUACAGUCACGAUCCGGCGGACCAUACCUCGCCCGAGUCGACGACAACCUCCGAUCCGAUCACAAACUUCACCAUGUACAUCCACCCCAGCCAGAGCUACUAUGAGCACAGGACGGCCAUCAGGCUGAACCCGAUCCACGGGCGCUGGCCCAAAACCCUCGAGGAGGAUCAGGACUUUGUCUACUCAGCACUCAAGAAAGUCGUGCCUAGGAACGUCGCCCAGAACGGCCUGUGCGACUGGCAGACGGGGGGCCAGCUGAUGGAAGACGCGAAGCUCAUAAGGACAUCCCAGACGGCCGGGAAGUUGUGGCACAUCAUGGAGCGCAGGAUGCGGAGGCAGAACCGCGCAGAACAGGGCGAGGCGGAGAACGAGCUUGUGCUCUGGACGAGCCUGGACGAGGCCAAGAUGCGCCGGGACGAGGAGUGGCACCGAGCUCUCCAGGCCAAGAAGGAGGUUGCUGGCCCUCGCCCAAAAACGGAUCCCGCUCCCGUAGAUACCGGUGCGUCGCCAGAAUUGACAAUAGCGUCUGAUGCUCAGCAGCCCGCUGCAGAGAUCUUACCAUCCAGUACGCCGGCGGAGGCUCUACAUGCCGAUGCGUCGAAUAGUGUAACGCCGGCCAUGGCGCCAGAAACCUCUACCGAGGAGAGCGGUGCGCGCCAGCCUAAGACGCAGGCCGCUCCGGUGGGCACUGACCUUGGCUCACCGAUGAAGCCAUGGCCUACAAUUCACAAAGAAAGAAACAAGACUAACACUGCUCGCCCAAGCACCAAAAAACCACCGAAUACGAUUGGGGCCUCAGGCUGGAAUCGCCGUACGCGGAAGGCUAUAGAUGCGUCGGCCCUACGGGUGCAUUAUUGGGCACGGGAGAGCAUUCCCGUCGGCGGGCCCGUGAGGUGGAAACGUAUUCCUCUCAAUGCCGAUGCGGUUGACGAUAAACCUUUCAGUCUGGAAACUUUUCAGCCGGUCAGAGGAACACCAGACGGCGACUCCCCACAGCCCACAGCGCUUGAAUGGAAGGCCCUCGACAUCAAGCAGCAACAGGAAGACAAAGAAUCGCUUUCAUCAUCGGAUCUGCCGCCCGUAGAUGGCAAGAGAUGA